AUGCCCACGUCGCCGGCGCCUCGAUCCGUGAAGAAAGCGGCAGCUAGUCCUGGUGCAGGCUCGGGGCCUAGCGCUCCAUCUCCUGUGGGAUCCCCAACUCGAUCCAGCAAGAAGAAGUCGCAGAGCAGUCACAUUGACCAGCAGCUUCUAACACUCGAACAUGACGGUGGCAAUCGCCACUCGAAGCAGCUGACGUUGUGCCUGAAUGAAUAUGCCAAGAAGAUCGACGAUCUACAGGAAAAGAACCGUCGACUAGAGGAAGAGCUGGCAUUCGACGAUCACUUGGCGCGUGACGACCCGUUCUUCAAUGAGCAGACGGCCGAGAAGCUCUCCAACUUGUAUCUGCAGGGCAAUAACUUUAUGAUCCGCUUGGAGUUGGAGCGGAAGGAGGUGGCACGUUUGAACGCGCUAAUUCAGUCGCAGGAGACGAUCCUGGCACAACAGAAAAUGAAGCUGUAUGAGUUGGCUGCUUUGGACCACAACCAUGCCAUCAUGCUGGGCCGUGUUCGAAAAAUGGAGCACGAUAUCGACCGCCGACUUGUCAAAAUGAAUGAAAAACUUAACCGCAAUCGACAAUUGCGAGAGAUUAUUGAUGCUCAUCGAGCUGAGCGUGCCCUCAUGGAUGAUAGCUUCACCAAGAUCUCGACGGAGACGCUGUCAAAGCGGCACAAAGUGGCACGAAUUGGUGAAGAAGUGGAGAAGCUGCGUCAGGAAAUCGAAACUAUUGAACAGGAGAUAGAAGAUGCUCGACAAGAAGGAGAGGAGUGGGAGAUGACGUGCGACCGGCGUGCGGCUGUUCUACUACAAGAGCUUAAAGAGAUCGCUUUGAACCAAAAGGAUGCAGGGGAACUGGUUGACGUGGAAAAGUACAAGUUUUUGGGCGAGAACGAUAUCAUGAAAACUGUUUCAGAGGCGAAGGAGAGUGAGAUACAGUCGCGAGCCAAGCGCAGCAAGUGGAAGAGUGGCCAAGCCAAAGUCACUACGGACGCAAUGCUGACGAAGUAUCAAGAAAACCGCACGUAUAUCGAAAGGAUCCAUGAAGUCUCGGGCACAAAGACCGUAUCAGAGAUGAUCGACGCGUUCAACAACCAGGAGGCAGAACAUUUUGAUCGCAUUCAGCACGUGAAUCAACUGGCCGAGGAGAUUGAGAAUCACCGUCAAGUAAGCACCAGAUUGCGCGAGGAAAUUGGACGACUGAAGCAGCGCAAGGAUUCGGUUGAUUUUCAGCGCAUGAAUCGCAUUGAAGGACUCCGUUCAAAAAUUCAGUACACGAAUGACCAGAGGAAGCUGAAAGAGAAUGCGAACCGCGAAAUGCAGACGUUCUUGGAAGCGAUUAAACCAGCGGUCUUACUCUUCCACUCGCGCAUUGGAUGUUCCGAUGUUCACACCGAUGACAUGAAGCAGGUGCUUAGUGACAUCGAAGAGCAGAUCGUCACAGUGCUGCAAGCGUACCAUGCCAAGGUGGAGGCCAUCAAAAAGGAGGAGGCCUUAAAUCAACCUACCGUUGCCACCAGCUUACCGUCGCAGGCAUCUCCUGUCAAGCGCAAGGCUUCUGUGGCGGUAGGAGCACGCACUCGCCGCAGCAGUGUGGUACCCAAGGCCGUGGCAGAGUCCAUCAGCGAAGCUCGGACAAAAUCAGCUGCUGCGAUUUCGCCCUCGACAGCAAUUGGUGCAGCCAAAGUGACGCAACAAACACAACAAGCGCCUGUGUCUGACGCUGCGGAUGGCGACAAAUCGUCCAGUGCGAAGGCCGUCAACGCAAUGCUGUCGAAGCGGCAGCCGUAUCGUUACACUGGUCUUCGGCCGCCUCACUUGUCCGUGGAAGAGCUGCGCAAGAAAGACAACGUCGAAGAGGAAUACCCGCUAACUUACCAUGAGCUCAAGGUCAAAGUCUGGCACAGUGAUACAUCCCAGUAACUUUCCGGCAACUUGUAUCCAGGCUUAUGCACGUCGACCCCAAGCAAUCUAUUACGCAGGAAAAUAUGGAG